UUGAGGCAAAAAAAAAAGAGAACAACCAAUGAAAGUGUUUUGAAACCAUGGAUAAAAAACAGCACUGAAUACUCUGUGGUCUCCACACCCACAGCUGGAACGCAGAUAGGCCGGUCUGCUCCUUAAGUGAGAGCUCGCAGUUUCUUUUGUUCCUCACUGAAGCUCAUCAUGGAGAAAUGGGACAAGUGGUUCGAGCAGGCCAGUGUCUGCGUGGCGGUCUCUGGCUGGAUUUGUGCCAUCUUUACCAGGACCCUGCCUGUGUGGAUCGUGACUGGAGCUGUUGAUAAUUCCACAGAUACGCUGUCAUUGUACUGGGAUGGAAUCUGGUUGAACUGGCAGGAACCGAGGAUAGGAGACUUGCAUUGCCAUUUCUAUCAGACUCUUUUGUCCCUGGCUGGGCGCUUUAACUCCUGGAAAGUGUCUGUUAAUGUUUUGAUUGGAGUUGGAGUCAUUCCAAUGGUGCUCUACAUAGUGGCCAUAACCAUGUUUGCUCAGAAGAUGCGAAUCAAGGCAGCAGCUGGAUUUGUUUUCAUUUUAUCCGGGCUGUUGAUGUUGGUGAUUAUGAGCUGGAUCACUCAUGCAACAAACAGUGAUUUGGACACAUCCAUUCCUUUGAAAAGGGACUGGGGAGCAGCUUUAUAUUCCGGGUGGAUCGGAAUGGUGUUGUUUCUGAUUGGAGGAGGAGUGCUGAGUACUUGGUGGUUUAAAUCUGCUCCAGCGCCACAGGAACAAAUAAGAACGAUACAAGCAGCAGCAAUACCAGAAGCAGAGGAUCCACUCUUUGCAAGGCAUCAUGCUGCAUUUAUUCCAAGUCCAUAUAGGCAAACCACAAGACCGAUUUGAAAAGAUAGAACUUGAACACUCUGAAUUCAUGAUACUGUAAAAUCUGGGUCUUGCAUUGCUGACAUUUUGUACAUUUGAAACUAUUUGAAAUGAUUGAAACCCUGAUUAUCUAUUUGAAACAGCUUUAACAUUUGAAACUUUUAAGGUCUCACGUUUCAUCGUUCACAGUAGCAGUGUCCAGUAUUUCGACAUCUGUUCAAAAUGCAGUUUUCAAAUAUACAAUUUUUACAUUGUUAAUUCUAUAAUUUAUUACUGUAAUACAGCCUCCCUGAUGCAGGCUAAUCUGUAUGUAGUUUACUACCAAGUGAUGUGUGUACAAGUGAGACAUGAGAAAUGAUUUACAUUCGUUUUUAUUCGCACUUUUUUUUUUAAACAUUGCUUAUCCUGAUUUUGGAAAAGCUUCGUUCCAAGUCAAAUAUAUGGCACAAAUUUGAGAAGGCAGACUAUACUGAGUGGGUGCAGGGAAAACCUAAAAGCAGCUAGUUGUAAAAGUUAGAGCCCUCUGCUGGCUGUGAGGUGAACUGCAAGCCUGAAACCAUCCUGUUCUUUCGAACUGACCUCACCCCAACUGUUGAAGCUUUGCAUAUCUCCUGAGUCGUCUUUCAAAGAAAAGGUAAGCCGUUCGGUUCCAACUGGGGGCGGGGCUAGGUUCUAGGCCAUAAAAAAUGUAAACAGAAAUCUGAAAUGAAGAAACUUGCUUGAUUCAUCGUAUGGCAAACUUGUUGAGGGAAUUUUGGAUAUGAUUGGAAUAUUCCAAGCCAUUUUAAAAUAUUACAAAGUACACCUUUAAGCCAAGAAAACAGAAUGGGGUGAGGUGGAAGGGGCAAAGAAAACUUCUCAUUGGGAUAAAUAUUUCUGAUGCUACACAUCGCAUGUGUACUUGUAUUUAUUUUAAUAAAUCAAUCUUUUACCUG